UGUAAAACUUUUCUUGCUGACCACGUCCGAAGCUUACUUCCCCUCUCCUCGUUAAACCCUACUCCUUUCCGCUUGACCUCUACCGCUAUUUCUUCUCCUUCUUUAAUCUUCCCAAAUUAAUACUCUGAUAAAAGUCAGAUUACAGAAUAGUACUGAAGCCACUCAGCCAUGUCGGUGAGCAGAAUAACAAAUCGAUUUCCAAGGACGGUGUUAACUCAGUUCCGCAACUCGCUGUUAUUUUGCCAAUGUCGUGACCACAAAUAUGUUUCCACUCUGUCCAAUCAAUUCCUGUCCCCUCAUGGCCCCCGUAAUACGGUUGUCCCUGGUCAGGUGUCACUGUUGCAUCAUUCAGCUCUAAAUUCAUCUGCUUUUCAAUGGUUUGGAUUCUCAUCAUCUGCGUCUGCACAGCCCAGUGAAAAGGAGACUGCUCAAACUGGAAAUGAACAGGAAGCUAAGGCAGAGGGUACUCCUGCUGAUCAAACAGAAGAAUUUGUUUCUGAUGAAAAAAAUAAGUCAGAUUUGCAAAGUGACCUAACAAGAGAUGACCUGGUGAAACUUGUGGUGGAGAAGGAAGAACUUGUGAAGCUGAAAGAGGAAGAGCAUGAGAAAAUGAAGGACACGGUUCUGAGGACUUACGCAGAGAUGGAGAAUGCGAAGGAACGCACUAGACGUGAAGCAGAGAACACAAAGAAAUUCGCCAUUCAGAAUUUUGCAAAAAGCCUUUUGGAUGUGGCAGAUAAUCUAGGUAGGGCUUCUGCUGCUGCAAGAGAGAGCUUUUCAAAGAUUGAUACAUCUAAUGAUGCUUCGGGGUCCAUUCCUCAACUUAAAACACUUCUUGAAGGAGUUGAAAUGACUGAAAAACAACUAACAGAGGUAUUCAAAAAGUUCGGUAUAGAGAAGUAUAAUCCAAUUAAUGAAGAAUUUGAUCCAAACAGACAUAAUGCUGUGUUCCAAGUUCCAGAUGCUUCGAAACCAAUGGACCAUGUUGCAGUUGUGCUAAAGGCUGGAUACAUGCUACACGACCGAGUUAUACGGCCUGCAGAAGUUGGUGUGACGGUGUCUGUCAACAUCGAGAAAACAGAUAAAUGAAUCGAGAAAGUACUUCAGGUACUGUUUACAGUGAAGGAUAGAACCUUAUUUUCUCCUUUUAGAUUAAGUUAUUGUAGUUUUAGAAUGGAUUUGGUACGGUUCAAAUCUUCAUUUGAGUGUGGAAAUUUUUUUCCCCGCGGGAACCAUAAGAGCCAGUAUGAAUAAAGGGGCUUGUUUGAGGGUCUUGAACUUGCAUAUGUUGCGUCCAAGCAUGCAGACAUUUUUUCUUGAAUAGAGGAAUAUACCACACAAACUUUACCUGGUAGUA